AUUGCAAUCAUUUGACGUAAUGUUUGAAAUGAGUAUCACUUUUGAAUAAUUUGAUGAAAACGUAAUGUUUUGAUAAUUUAAAGACAAUUAGAUGUUUGGAUCCAAUCGGUGAUGGAGUCGAUGACAAAUACAAGUGGGCGUCGAUCGGGCACUGGAUUAGGUCAACAACACGAGUAUCUGCUUUCGGGAAGCAUUUUAGACGACUCUUGUGAACAAUUGUUGCAUAAAUUGCGCGGAUUUUGUGAUAACUGUGACUCCAGUGCCGAACCAUUUCAAGACCACGAAAUGGUGUUCACUAUUAGAGCACCCAAUGGUACCAACACUUCACUACGGGUCAGGAAAUCAUUGGAUGUACCCAACAAUCCAUACCAUUUGAGAUAUUUAGGACAACAAGAAUUGGGAGACAAAAAUAGGGCAACAAUUGUCCGCAAUUGCAUCGAUUGCAGCACUUCAUCAGAUUGUGUCCAAUUUCUUCAAGAAAUGGGUUUUAAAUUGGAUUACGAGUUUGUCCUCAAAGGAUAUAUGUUCCGAAAGGGACGAAUGAAAGUAAUUGUGGCCAAACUCUUCAAAACUCAACCUCACGUCGGACCCGACGCUCUCGAGGCUAUCUCGCGAUCAUAUUUGGUUGAACUCAGUGUCAACGCACCCGCAGGUCAGGAGGGAAUUGCCGAUGAAAUGAAGGCAUUCUCCGAUUCACUUAAACCACUCGUCAUUUUAGACAAAGUCGACACAAGAAGACUACAGUCUGUCUGAACUGUCAUUUGACGUAUAUUUCAAUUAUCAUUC